CCACGUUAGCCACGUUGCAUGAUUUUAUUAUUUAUUUUUUUAAUUCUUUUUUCACCUCGUCGGUUGGUCGUCUUUCUUUGCGACCUCGGUGCUAUCACUAUGUUUCACGCUGAGCGGGACAUUGCCCGCGCCGCUUCAGCUGUGGACAAGGACAAAGGGAACCUUUCCUACAACUAGCUGGUACAGUCACACACACACACACACACACACACACACACACACACACACACACACAGAGGGAGAGAGAGAGAGAGAGAGAGAGAGAGAGAGAGAUGGGAGUGCUUUUGCUAGAGAUAAAGGCAGAACUGGAGAAUCUGACGAAUUUGAUCCCUGAGCCAAGUCCGCAGCAGUCAUGGCAGUUCAAGAUAAAAUGCACGUCUUGCAACGAGGAGAGCGACAAGGAAUCGGGAGUGACAAUGUGUGAGCUUUACGACAUCCCGAACAGUCGGGGCAAAGCGCAUCUUGUCCAGAAAUGCAAAUUUUGCGGAAGAACGGGUACGCUGACUGCCGUGGAGGGAAGAGGAAAACCGUACACAGCAGAGGACAGUGAGGAGGGGAAAUUUGUCCCUGUAGCUUGUUUCGAAUGUCGCGGGCUUGAACCUAUUGUGUUUUAUCCUCGAGAUGGCUGGGUGGCCCGAGGGACCGAGUCUGGCACUGCGUUCAACGACAUUGACCUGUCUAGUGGCGAGUUCUGUGAUUGGGAUGAAAAGGCAUCUGCGUCGGUGGGUAUAUACAGCAUCGAACACAAGUUCACAGUAACGAAAUAGGUGAUGUGUGUGACGGUACAUGUCGGUCAAUAUUUGUGGAUCGUGGCGUACCUUCAUGAUCGGUCAAUUGAGAAUCUAGUGCGUACGUAUAUUGAGAUUGGUAGCUUCUUACUGGGCAGGUGUCACAGGUGGGACGGGGACUAAGACACAGACCCUUCUUUGCAUGUUUGUCUCUGUGGGGGAGAGAGAGAGAGAGAGGGAGUCUCACAGAGAGAGAGAGAGAGGGAGUCUCACAGAGAGAAAGAGAGAGGGAGGGAGUCUCACACACACGGAGAGAGAGAGAGAGAGAGAGAGAGAGAGAGAGAGAGAGAGAGAGAGAGAGAGAGAGAGAGAGAGAGAGAGAGAGAGAGAGAG